AAAAAAAAAAAAAAGAGAAGGGAAGAUAAAUAAUAAUAAAAUCAUCAUUAUGAAUACACCUAGAAGAAGUACUUCCCUUGAAGACCUAUUGACCUUGGACAUCUUCGCGGCAAAUCCUUCGUGGAAUAAUGACUCUGCAAUUUCACAAGAUAUAGUCCCACAGGAAUUUUCUACCAUGUUAGAUCCCUUCGAUUUUACCUUACAUUCUACCAUUAAUAACGAGGUGAUCGAUUCCCAGCAGCUGUUUAACCCUAAACAAGAAACAGACGAGACAAAGGAAGAAUCUGAAUGGACUACAGGCAAAGAUAUGAAUAUCAAUAACCAACCCUUCUUGAAUCCCACUACACCAUUCACACUAACACCAAAAGACAGCGAACAAUUGUUGCUUUUGGAAAUGCCAUCCUACCUAAACAAACUUGGGAUACUAAAGAAGAUGCAACAAGAAUUAGUGAACGAAGAAGAUGAGAACCUAUUUCCCCGUGUAAUCAAUCUGAUACAUGACCAUCUGGAACCACCAACAGAUAAUAUUAGUCGUCAAAGAUAUGUAAAGGAACGUAAUCGUUUUCUUCAUCGGUUGUUGGGGGAUGUAAUGCCUUCCGCUAUGGAACAUUCCUUCGUCAAGAAAGUAAAGCGCAGAGAUAUCUGGACAAAAAAAUAAAAUGGAGACCAUUUUUCUUUGGGGCGUAGAUUGUCGUAUAAAAAAAAAAAAAAAAAUAAAAGAAAAGAAAAAAAAAAAUUUAUAAAAGACAAAAAAACAAUAAAAA